CCUAAUAUUUUUAUUUGUUACUUAUUUGCCAUUAAUUGUGUUGAUUGGUUAUGAAAAGUCAAUGGUAGCCGGUGUCGUCGGUUUAACAGGUUACCCUAACCUUUUAGAUACCCAAAAUCCACUUUUUCCCCAAAACCUCUCCUUCACUCUUGCAAAAGGCGUUCUUCCUCACACAUCACGUCUUCUUCUUUUCCAUGGCUUCGUCUUCAACAACUUCUAUCAGCAAACCGAUUUAUCGCACUAAGUGUGAUUGUGGUGAUCAACUGCAAUACUCAGUUUCAAGAACUGAUAAAAACCCAGGAAGAAAGUUCAAGGCAUGCCCUAACUAUAAGGGUACCAAAAAAGGGUGUAAAUAUUUCAAGUGGCUUGACACGGAAGAGAUGGAGUUUUAUGCUAAUGAAAGGGAGCCCUAUAACGAAAUUGUUGCUAGUGGUGUUCUGCAGGUGAUCAAGUUGUUGAAGUUUGUGUUGGUGAUGUUGGUGGUUAUUGGAGUAAUUUUGUUAAUUGGCAUUGUAUUUUAAGAACCAGUUGGUUAGGGCAGUUGUAAUUUUUUUGUAUUUGGUAGGGUUAAGGUUGUUGUAGGUUUGUUAUUUUGG